AUGUCGUUGCCUCAAUCUUCUGAGAAUAGUGACAAUGCCAAGGAUAACAGCCUCAUCGAACACCUUGAAGACCUAAGAAAGCCGGGCGUGCAAGACAGGCACGAUGGUCACGUCGAAGGCAAUGCACUUCUCAUCAACCAGGAUGGCGAGGUCCGCAAAAUCCCGGUGCCGUCUUCUGACCCCAAUGAUCCCCUCCGCUUCAGACCUUGGGAAAAAUACGGCAUUGUGUUUUGCUGCUGCUGGUUCUCUAGCAUGGGCUUGUCCAUUGCUAGUGGUCUGGGGGCCAUUCUGCAAGAAUUCUUUGCCAUGUACAUCCCGCAGGGCUACUCCUCCGAAAAGAUCGUCCUCCUUAUUACCAUCCCAACUUUGUGCAUUGGUCUUGGCAACUACAUCAUUCUUCCCCUUGCACUGGCAUACGGUCGGCGGCCAGUCUUUCUUGGAUUCAUGGUCAUCUUGCUGAUUGCGACUAUUGCUGCCGCUUUGCAAGACAGCUACAACGGACAUCUUGCUGCCCGGGUGGUUCAAGGCCUGGCCACGGGCGCCUCCGAGUCGCUUCUCCCGCUUAUGCUCACCGAAGUCACCUUUCUCCAUGAGCGUUCCAGAAUCUUUGGUCUUUACUGGAUGGCACAAAAUGCGAUUUCCUCCACAAUCAACCUCACCUCGUCAUAUCUCAACCAUGACCUUGGCUGGCGUUGGUAUUAUUGGGUCUUUGUCAUCACCGUGGCCGUCGGUCUGGUCAUUGCCUUCUUUUUCGCUUUCGAGACACAAUUCACCCGGCCACCCGAGUCGCUGGAUGGCCAGCUUGUCAUCACGGACGAGUUUGGUGUCACCCGUGUCAUCCCCGACUCCGAAGCCCAAGCGUACCUCGAGGAGAUGGACCGCUCCGGCCUCACAGCCCCAAAUGCCGUUACCCCAGCUGGGUCGUUGGAAAGAAAGACGUACUUGCAGCGCAUCAGGCCUUGGUCGAAACCUCAUCCCCAGCCGAUGCGGGUCAUGGUCCUGAGUUGGAAGCACAUGGCCGAAUCGUUCUCGUCCCCGGGAAUCAUUUACGCGGUGCUGACAUCUUCCAUCGCACUAGGCUGCGGUGUCGGCAUGUCGCUGACUUAUAACACUGUUCUGGUGGCGAACUAUCACUGGAAAUCAGAGGACGUUGGGCUGAUCAACGUUGGCGGCGUAAUCGGCGCCGUUCUCGGCAUGUUAUACUGCACAUUCGUCGGUAAUCCAUUGGUCAUGUACCUCGCCCGCCGGAAUCGAGGUGUUCACAUCCCGGAACACCAUUUGGUCGUGUUGGCUUUGCCUGCUAUUGUAGGUGUCGGGAUGCUAUUGCUUUACGGCUACACUGCACCGGGAGGCUACACAUGGUGGGGUCCUUACCUCGGCUGGACCAUCUUCCAAUACUCAUUCACCUCCGUUCUCAUCGUUUCUACCAGCUUCGCAUCCGAAGCGGCGCCCAAACAUCCCGGGCCGGCACUGGUGGUCGUGGUUGGAACGAAGAAUGUUGUCUCGUUCGGUGUGACGUAUGGGCUGACUCCAAUGAUUGAGAAAUGGGGUUAUCAAACCGCUUUUGGUGUGUUGGCUGGUAUUUUUGGCUUCAUCUUUUUACUUGGAUUGCCUGUCUACAUGCUCAAUCCGAGAUGGCGUGCUUACAUGUCGGCAAGAGAGAGUAGAAACUAG